UGUUCUCUUCCACUGCGGCGGAUCAGCGCCGCUCCUCGCACCUCCCGCCGGCGCCAUGGCCUCCCCGUCCCCUCCCGCCUCCCGCCGCCGCAAACACACCAUCUACCACGGCCACCGUCGUGCCUCUCCGCACCGCCCCACCGUCCGCGGUGGCCUCUUCACCGACCUCCGCUCCCCGUUCCCGAGGCCCCGCGCCCCCGACUCCCCCUCCGCCACCGCCACCCCCUUCCGCCUCCCCUACUGGGAUCCGGACUCGCCCUCGUCGUCUUCAUCCCUUCCCUCCCCGUCGUCGCCUUCCGCCUCCGCCUCCGCGCGCCGCCUCUCCCCGCUCGCGCGCUUCCUCCUCGACGCGCUCCGGCGCCACCAGCGCUGGGGCCCGCCCGUCGUCGCCGACCUCACCAAGCUCCGCCGCGUGCCGCCCUCGCUCGUCACCGAGGUCCUCACCGCGCGCCCGCCCCCGCCGCCGCCGCUCGCGCUCCCCUUCUUCCUCUGGGCCGGCCGCCAGAAGGGCUUCCGCCACUGCUUCCCGGCAUUCCACGCCCUCGCCUCGCUGCUCUCCGCGGCCGGUCUCCCCGGGGCAGCCGACCAACUCCCGGACCUCAUGCGCGCCCACGGAAGGCCCGUCUCCCACCCGCAGCUCACGCUCCUCGUGCGGCUCCACACUGCUGCGCGCCGCCCGCUCCGCGCUCUCCACGCCCUCCGCCGCUUCCGCCACGAGUUCGACGUCAAGCCCGAGGUCCACGCGUGCAACCGCGUCCUUGGUGCGUUGGCUGCCUCAGGGCAUGUUGAGGACGCGCUCAAGCUGUUCGAUGAAAUGUCUGAGACAGAAACACAGCCUAUGCCAGUGACGUUCGCGAUCAUGGUGCGCGCGCUGGCACGUGCUGGGAUGACGGAGAGGCUUCUGUGGAUGAUUGGGAGGAUGCGGAGCGAGGUGUGCCGGCCUGAUGUCUUUGUGUACACCGCACUGGUGAAGACAAUGGUGCGGAGGGGGUAUAUGGAUGCUUGCAUCAGGGUGUGGAUGGAAAUGGAGAAGGAUGGGGUGGAGCCAGAUGCGAUGGCAUAUGCAACGAUGGUUGGGGGGCUGUGCAAGGCUGGGAUGGUGGAGGAGGCAGUGGAAUUGUUCAAGGAGAUGAGGAGCAAGUGUUUACUUGUGGACAGGAUGGUGUACGCGUCGCUUAUUGAUGGGUAUGUUUCCACUGGGAGGGUUGGGGAUGGGUGUAGGGUGUUGAAGGAGAUGAUUGAUGCUGGCUAUCGGGCUGAUCUGGAGAUCUAUAACUCACUUAUUAAUGGCCUGUGUGGCAUAGGUAGGGAGGAUAAGGCUCAUAAGAUGUUUCAGAUUGUUCUUCAGGAGGAGCUCAUGCCAAGUUCUGAUACUGUUUCACCAUUGCUAGCUUGUUACGCUGAAAAGGGUGAACUGGUUAUGUUUUUUGCAUUGGUCAACAAACUGGCAGAGCUGGAGUUGCCUGUUGUUGAAUUUUUAGUGGAUUUUAUGAAGCUCUUUGCACGCAAGGAUGGUAGGGAAUUAAAGGCUGUGGAAGUGUUUGAUGCAUUGAGACAUGAACAGUAUUGCAGUGCGGGCAUUUAUAACAUUGUUAUUGAAAAUCUGCUGAAGAUCAAGGAAAGGAAGAAAGCACUUUUGUUGUUUGAAGAAAUGCAAAGUUCAGCUCACUUCAAGCCAGAUUCAUGUACAUAUAGUCACAUGAUCCCAUGUUUUGUGGAUGAAGGAAAUGUCGAAGAGGCCUGCUCAUGCUACAACUACAUGAUGAAGGAAAAUUGGACACCAAGUAUGCCAGCCUAUUGUGCUCUUGUGAAAGGGCUUUGCAAGAUUGGGGAAAUCAAUGCAGCUAUUUCUCUUGUUAAAGAUUGUCUUGGAAAUGUAGAAAAUGGGCCAACUGAAUUCAAAUACACCUUGACUAUUCUGGAAGCUUGCAGGUCAAAAAGCCCAGAGAAAGUCAUCAAUGUGGUGGAAGAGAUUAUUGAAGUAGGCUGCUCAAUGGAAGAAAUUAUCUAUUCUGCUAUUAUAUAUGGCUUCUGCAAGUAUGCAAGCUCAACUGAGGCGAGGCAUGUAUUCACUACUAUGAGAGAUAGAAAUAUCCUGUCAGAAGCCAAUUUUAUUGUCUAUGAGGACAUGCUGAACGAGCACUUGAAGAAGGUCACUGCAGACUUGGUGAUAUCUGGAUUGAAGCUUUUCAACCUUGAAUCAAAAUUGAAAUGGAGAAGCACAAUUGAUUGAAGAAAUAUUUAUGCAGUUACUCGGUGUUUGGAAAAUCCAUACCUGGACAAGGUUGUGGGAUGGGCAAAGUUUCAAACGCAGCAUGCUGUUUACUAGAUACUGGGGAUAUGGAUGGGCCUGAUCACAUCACCUCAUUAUUGCUAACCUGCAACACCCUUUCUCAGCAUGUGGCAUUGCACCGAAGAUGCUAAUGGUAGUGUUCCAAUUACGCUGGACAACAUCAGGACUACGUUCUUUGAUUUCUGGCGAGGCUGACAUUGCAAAGUAGGGACAUGGAAAUUAAAUACUUUUGGCAACAUUUGUGCAAAGGCUGCUUCAUAACAAUAUCUGGAGUUUGUGCAUCACCUGGGUGAUCUGGAAAUCAAUUCUGGCUGGUCGACACUCCACAGCAAAGUGAGAUCCAUGCUGUACAACUUACAAGGUCGAUGCAGAGGUAACCUGGAAAUUUCUGAAAAGUGUGAUUUCUCUGCCUAUUUCGAAGUGGAAGUUGGGGCCAAUCGGCUGCAUUAUAGACAUGGGCAUAACAGUUGGCACAUAGCGUUAGGUAUAAUUGAUAAUGCAUCCUGAUGUUGAUGGGUUGCUGUGGAUGUUCGCGUACAAUCCUCUUGAUUGUUUGCCAAUAAUUUGCGAGCAUGGGCGUUGUGAUGUGACUCGUUGAUCGUUUGCAGGACCGGCUUCUAGCCUGCGACAAAUGUUCACCCAUGGUCACAUUUGGUGAUAGGAUGAUGAUACUUGUAUAGACUUUGAAAACAAAUACAGAGUGUGGGCAACUUUAAAGAACCCAGAUGAUCAUUUAUUUGUUUACUAUAUUUCACUUGAAUACUAUGGCUCACCGCUGAUUCGGCAGAGCUAACAUUGAGCACGGAUAGGCCACGUGAAUUUUCUUUUGUCCAAAGAUCUCAUCACAUAUUUA